AUGCCUGUGCGACGUAAUGGAAGUGGAUCACCUCAUCAUUCAUUCAGUUCUCCUUCAGGUCUAUUCCGAUCGACCAAUACCUCCUCGAGUCAGACUCAGAAUCAAACCCAAUCUCAGCUGAAUAGUGGAAAGGAGAGCGUCAAUCAAGGUCAAUCUCAGUAUCAGGCUUCAACAUACGAUACGAGCUCUAUCAAUGAUACUAGUAGUAUAAUGAGACCCGAGAACAAUAGUCCAGAACAGAAGGCCAUAAAUUCCCUAGUAGGGAGGAUAGUGAACAAGCUACCAUGUAAUUCUGGAAUACGGUUGGCGAUAAUGGAGGUGGAUCCUGGUGUCCAAGCCACGAUUGGGUCUUUAUUGCAAUUAUCAAGAUCUAGGGUAUCGCUGAUAGUGCAUAGUCUGAUGGGAGCUCUAGAAACGUUGUCUAAGUUCACGAGCCCAUCGUCCCUCGCCGAAACCUCCCUAGAUACCCUUCAUUCCCAGCUAUAUCUCCUUCACAUCCUCAACCUAUGUAUAUCAACCUCAUGGCAAGCUCAUGCAGCAGCUUCUUCACCUUCACUUCAAGGAGAUCUACCUCGCUGUUGGCCUGAUCCAUAUCCGUUCGAAGAAGUCUUAGCUAGAUACAUGCUGGGUGUAUUGUUGAUAUACACCAGAUUGGUCACAUUGGACUCUGGCAUACAUGAAAGAUCAAGUCCUGCACCUACAAAAGAUUCAAAGGGACUAGGAACCAGCUCAACGACGUCUUCCACUCGAUCGAUCUCAUCGACUUAUACCACCUAUACAUUGGGUACGAGAUUCAUUCAACAACAUUCCUAUCCUUCUUCAUCCAGUACAACGCAAACACAACCUAUCAAACCUAAACUGCUGUCUGCAUCAUGUUCAACUCCCAUUGCAACCAUAACGCAGAUGACGAAGUAUACAUCAAGAGUAAUAUUCUACAUAUCAGCCUCAAAUUGGAAUCUAGUACUAUCACGUAUAAAGAAUAAGAUUGGAUAUCUACAAACGACGAUUGAAGAAUCACCGGAUGUGACUGACAUCAAGCUAUUGGAAUGGUCAAAUCUGAAUAGAAACAGAUUAUCGCAGACAAUACAAGAGGUUUCGUCAACUUUCAUUCAUGUGAAAAGGCCUGCUCAGACUGCAAUAUCAAAUUCUCUUAGAAAAGGUAUAUGGAACUGGAUAGAAGUCCAUCCGAUGGAAUAUGAAUCAUUUAUCACAUCCAGCAGAAAGAUGGAAGGAGUUGAAAAUCUAUUCGACGCACUGUGGUCAUUGUCAGAUUCAGGAUUUACAUCAUCAAAUGCCAGAAGGACUAGGUCAUUCUACCCUUUAUUGGGUAUGUUAUUGGUUUUACUUCCGGAUUUGUUCGCUCGAUUGGUUACUAGUGAAGUAGCUGGUAGAUCGUCCAAUGCCGUCCAAGCGGCUUUCAUCGAUAGAGUUAGAAAAGGAUUACAUUCUAGUAAAAGUAUGGAGACCUGCGCAAUGGUUUAUGUGAACAUGAUAAAAGCAGCUAUGGCUCUAUCGCCAAAACAUGAAGAUAGUGGAAUAAGAAGUCUGGUACAUGAUAUACAAAGUGACGCGAAGCAUGCUUUAUUCGGGUCUUCUAACUCGUCCGAGGUGCUCGAUAAAAAUGUUAUUGUCGAAGGUCUUGUCUCGCUAUAUAAAUCGGAUCCCGAAUUAAUCAGCACCACCCUGUUCCCAAAAUUGCUGACUAGCUCGAUCGAGGCGAAUAAGAUCGUGGCCGUCAGAGCUUGCGUAGUGAUAGCUGUAGAGGAUCAGAGAUUACCUUGGUUCUCACCUUUAUCGAACUUGCGAAAAACGCUCGCACCUUCGUUACGUGCUAUCCUUAAGGCAUACGCUCAAUCCCUAUCACUACGUCGACGUGCUGCUCCAGAUUCACCCUCCGGCCAGACCGAUCUAAUCACAGAGAUCCUUACUCUCUACUCCAUCGAUCCAGAGUUCGCAUUCACCGGAUGCACCCCUGACCAAUCUUCAUCAUCGAGCGAUAGUUUACAUCAGUUCCUGUUGGCCCUAUCGUCCUUGACUGUCAUCCCUAGUCCGGAUCUUCUCACUCCUGUCGCUUCGAGAACAGCUUGUGUUCUGAUUGAUGAACUGCGGAGAAAGGUCGUGGCAGAUAAAGAACUAGAGGCGUUGGCUACCAGUGCUGGAGGAGCUUUAUGGCAAAUCCUGCUUGAUAUGGGCAGACAGACAUUGUUCGCUUUCCACAGUGCUGAUUCCGACGAAGUAGCGACUGCCAUGACAGCCCUGAGAGAAACCAGUACCGUUAUCCUACGUCUAGCCGAAGAGGAUGCUGCGGUGUUAUUCCCUUCUUCGAUGGCCCAGCCAGCCGCUAUGGUCGUUUCUGUCGCUGGAUUCACGACAUGCGCAGGACCAGAUAAUGAGCAGAUAUCACUUACGUUACCGAUGUUAUCUGUCUUUGGCAAAUUGACAAGAAUGGCGCAUAUGUCUUCCAUGGGUCAAUUGACUUCGGCUUCAAGUGGUCUCGUGCCGGAUAAACGAGCGAAUGCUUUCGAAGCUUUGGCGGCGCUCCCUGUAUCUAUAGGUCGUCAGCAGCAGCAAAGACAGAUCAGACGUACGCUCCGACCUUUAGCUAUCUCCACGCCAUUCACUAUAGGACUAUGGGUCGGUUUGGCUGCUGUCGCUCAGAAAUUGACAGCCAAGGUUAUCGCUGCUGAAGCCGAUACGACGAUGUCUUCAAGAGAUGUCAGAAGGAGAGGUCUGACCGCUGAUAUUGAUGGUCUAGAUGAGGAGGAAUCCAAAGAAUGGCAAAAUCUCAUUGCAUGGCUUUGCGCAUGCUGCAGCGUCGCAAAUUACGAAACUAAACCACCGCCAAGUCUAUGCGAUAUCAUUGGAAAAGGAGUCCUACCCCCUGCAUACGAUCAAUCCAUUCCUGACCCACAUGUCCCUGUCGAAGCGUUUAUCAAGCAAUGUGUGGACCUCCUAAUCAGCAGUUCGGUGAAUGUCAGAGAGACUGUGAAGAAUGCUCUAGGGUCUGAGCUACCCACGAAUGGAUGUCGAAUGAUUGUUGGACCCAUGAUCAAGCUAUUGUCCCACGCGAUAGGCCCAGCAGGAGUGAAUAUUUCGGAACCAUUCACCAUCUUCGCCGAGCAGGCAGUGUCCGUCUUGAGAUUGAUGAUCGAUCGUAUGGGUCCGAAUGACGAUGUGCCUACCGUCCAAGUAGAUCUCGGAGAACUAUUCUACCUGCUAGCUCAGUACAUACAUCGAUUAGGAAAAGGCGAUAGUGCCCUGAGACUGAAAUCAAAAUUCUGUCAUUUGGUGGAAACAUCGCUUAGGAAACCUGAUAAUGUCUCCUUGUCGAAUGGUGCAAGAUUCAGAAACGCAUUCUUGGAUUGGAUGAGUGAAUGGUCCCUGGAGUCUAUGCGGGACAAUGACGUCUACGUAUCUGGAGCAGAAACUACCAGUAAAGCCCAACGUGAAUUGGAUCACGCUUGUCUCAGAGCUAUGGUACCCUUAACAGAAGGACUGGUCCUCAAGAGUCCAGCUGAAGAAACCGAUCAUUCCCAAGGUGUAUUGAAGUCCAGAUUAUUCUACAAGAAUUAUUUACAUCUUGUCAAAGUUCUCGAGCGAUCAAGCUUUGAGGAGGCUGAAUCAGUCGGUUAUACGUCGUCGUUACAUGGUAAUGCUAACAACACUUCGAAGGAGAAUAGACCAAACGAUACGCCCACAUUAGCAAUACUAGCAUUAUCCAACCUCCUCUCGGCGAAUGUCGAUGUGGGAUUAAAACAUUGCUUAUCAUUGGGAUAUCAUGAAGAUCCAGUACUUCGAACAGCAUUCAUGCAAUUGAUCACCUAUACUUUACAGCAAGGAACGAGAUUCGGUGGAUUAUCAGGCAAUCGAAUGUCCACUUCGACCAAGAAUUACCUAGACUUGUUGGCUGGACCUAAUCUUGCGAUAGCCCUCGCGAUGGUGGAUGUCUGUCCCCAAUCUGGUAAUGAGGUGGAUGAACUGUCGACUUUACUGUUUAGAGUCUUUGAGGGUAAAGGAGCGCUAUUGGGAUUGAUGAGAGCCCUUAUCGAACGAGAAGUGGCUUUGACCAAUCAUGAAUCUGAAUUAUUUAGAGCUAAUUCAAUCACAAUGAGGAUGUUGACUAUCUUUGCCAAGACAUAUGGAUACAAUUACGUUCGAGCAACCCUUCAGCCACUCGUCUUAUCACUUAUCGAAAAACCCGCAGAAUGUUCUUUCGAACUGGAUCCUAGCAAAGCCUCUGGCACAGAAGAUAUUGAUAAGAAUGCCGAUCACCUACGGUUGAUGUGUCAAGCAUUAUUAGAUCUCAUAUGCUCUUCUACUCCAAGAGUACCUUUGAUGUUCCGAGCGUUAUGUCACCAUAUCUGGGAGCUAGUCGAUGAUCGCUUCCCCGACUCCAGACAUUCAGCCGUAGGAUCGUUUAUCUUUCUGCGAUUCUUCUGUCCAGCUAUCGUCUCUCCCGAAUCAAUCGAUCUCGAUGUCAAUCCCGAUACGAGAGAAACUCGAAGGGCGUUAUUGCUUAUCACCAAGGUGAUUCAGAAUCUGGCAAAUAACGUGGUGUUCAAGGAACCACAUAUGAAAGUGUUAAAUAACUUCUUGUCAGAUAAUAUCAGACAGGUCACCAAGUUUUUGAGCGAUAUUGCUAUUCGACCCAAGACGAUCGACGUCCAACUUGCUACGAAAGCCUUUGCAGAUGAUGCAGAGAAAUAUCAAGAUCUUGAUGGUGAUGAUGCUAUCAUUCACCGAUUCGUCUUCAAGCAUAAAGGGAGGAUCGAAACUUCCCUAUCCAAUAUGCCCAAACACUAUAGACAUGCUGCUGCCACUACCAAAUCUGCUAGAACCGAGUUUGACGGAAGAGGUGCUUUGGACAAUCUACAGAAAAUCAUGGAUAAGACUGGACCACCACCUACGACUAAUGGUCUGAGUGCAUCUGCCAAAUCUCAGGUGUAUGAGGAAUUCAUGCGGCACAAUUCCGGUAGAAAUACUGAUAGUGUAGCUGAUGCAUUCUACGAAGGUCCAGCGAGUCAAAACGGACGUCGUAUUUUCUAUUUCAUCGUUUCUCGAGUGGCUCUGGUCGAAUACGAUGUGCUAGCUUAUCACGUCUUCUCGAUCCUCGACAAAGUCACCGAUUUCUUUGAUAUCGUCAUUGAUCUUACCGACUUCUCUCCCGCCAACGAACUUCCUCUACCAUGGCUCAAGAGAUCGAUACAGAUGUUUCCGCCUGGCGUCCUACCUAGCAUACACACUUUGGCAAUUUAUAACCCAAAUUCAUAUGCUAAGAAACGAAUCAGAAGACUUGUAUCGGAGCUCCUCACUAUCAGUCUUGCCAUCGGCAAGAACGUUAUCGCGUGCAGCAGUCCAUCUGAGCUUGCCGAUUCAAUCCCUUUCACUAGUCUCGCUCUACCUGAAUACACGAUGGCUCUGGCAUAUGAAGCGGAUCAUGUGUUUACGAAUCUACUCUGUGUGGCGGAUCACGAGAUGCAAGUGCCUGUAGUUGUGAAACUGGGUCAUGAUUCUCUACAAAUUGCAUCAUGGAAGAAGCAGGAACUCCUCUCAGGAAUCAGGUCAUACGUCAUUGAUGUGGUCAGAUUACAAGAUAUUGACGAUAUCACCGUUGGAAGUGGUGUUCCAUCUGAUCAUCUGGUCAUUAAAUAUGGUCAGGGUGACACUUUGAUCUUUGUCUCUAGACGACGUAAUGAGAUGGCACAAAUCAUCCGAGCAGCUAGGGCAAGACUACGUGAUGGACCAAAUAGCGAAAGAGCCCUCAGACCAAGUGAUGUCCCCGCAACCUUGCUCAAUGUCGCUCUGCUCAAUCUCUCGUCGAGUGACAGUACGCUCCGUAUGGGUGCUUAUAUCCUCCUGAACGAGCUAUGUCAGUUCUUCAAGUAUGAUUUGGCAUCUCGUGUUCUAAAGGUAUCAGCUGGACUAUCGAUCCCAAACAAUUCUCUAGCUUUCGUCGGCACUUUAUCAAAAGCCCUAGCUGCUUCUGUUCCUCACCUGACAUUAGAAUUCCUCAAAGAAUGGACGCUUGGUUUCGGUAAAGCUGAUACUCCGCUGAAAACCGCUUGUCUGCAUUACGUUGGGCCAUGGCUGGUCAACCUUGAUCAAUUCAGUAGACCUACUAAAGAAGAUGGACUGGAAAGUAUCAGGCAAGUCAGAGAAGUUGUAAGGGCUCUGAUCGGAAUUACAGUAACCGAGAGAAGACGUCUUCAUCUGGCUAUCCAAGAACAAGUUUGGGCUAUUCUCACCACUUCCCAUGAGAGCUUGACGGAUAUCGUCGUUGUCGAAUUGAUUCAUUCUGCUGUGAACGCUGGGAUCGGCAGUGAUAAGGCAGAAUGCAUCGGAGAUAUACUGGUAUCGGUUUCUUCGACGGCUGUAAGAGGUAAAGUGAUCGCUAAGCUACGAAAGACACUUGCUCAAACAUACCUCAAACCGUCUGCACAUAUAACCGAAAACGCAGCGUGGCCCGAGAUUUGCUCAUUAUCCCGAAUCACCCUCAUUCUAGGCUUCAAUCCGUCUUCGUCUCUUGAUACUCAACUCUUCUUACCUGAAAUUUUCCACAUAAUCACCUUACUCCUCGGUGCCGGUCCCGUCUUGAUGCGUCAGACAAUCUACGGCCUGUUGGUCAAUGUUAUCCAAUCCUUGGCUUCUAACCCUACUUCGGGCGAUAUGGACGCUUCGACACUACAGCUUCUGUUGAAACGUAUACAACAACCUCGGAUCAUGGCGGCAUUUGGUUUGACGCAAGGGCAGGGAAGUAUCGAAUUAUCCGGAUUACCGAUGAAGGAUGAAACGGACUUGCAAUUGCUCGAACGAGUAGAGGAAGUAUCUAGAUUCUUGGGUGAAGUUCUAGCUGCAGGUGCCAUAUCAAUCGAUUGUGCCAAUGCUUGGCGAGCUAGAUGGAUGGGUUUAGUAGCAGCAACAUGCUUCCAGCAUAAUCCAGCUACUCAACCUCAAGCUUUUACCGUACUGGGCUAUCUCGCAUCUGACGAAGUCGAUGACGAUCUAGUCUACCAGAUCCUGGUGGCCAUGAGCACUACUCUGUCUCAUUUCCAAGAAGGUGAUAGUGUCCUAUUAAUCAGCAUGCUCCGAUGUCUAAGCAGAAUCAUCAAAGGUCUCUUACCUGAUAGUCGGUACGCCGCAAGUCUAUUCUGGUUGGCGGUAUCGAUCCUCCAAUUAGGCUACAUACCGCUCUUCGCACCAGCUUUGGAACUUAUGAGUUCUUCUUUGAAGGCCGUCAGCGAAACUACCACACCUCAUUAUAUCUUACGUGGAAAAGAUUUGAUGGAUUUUAUAUUGGAUACUAGAAGGGGUAUAACAGACCAAGCGAAGAAAUUGGAUCAGAUAUCCGGCGUAUCUUUCGACACUGAUCUGACGUUCGCUUUAGUCGCGAUAAUAUAUAAAGGAAUCAGACAUCCAUCGACAAAGAAGAUGACCAUCGAAUCUCUGAUGGAGUUGCUUAGACUGUCGGCUGAACCAGCCAGACCAAAUGGGGAAGAUGAAUUACUAGUCUCCUCCGGAAGUAUAGCGUAUUUCAUCGCUUUACUCUCUACCUCCGUCGCAUCAGGAUCCGGACCAGGAUCAGGAGGUGAAGACGUCAAGAGGGUCUUCCAAGCUGCUGGAUUGGAUAUCGAUGAUACCACAUUGGACUUAUCGAAUGUAGCGGUAUUUGAUAUGUUAUCCAUACCGGAUAAUUCUACUGCGUUAUUGUUGAUCAGCUUGGUAGUGGCGCUACUGAAUGGAUCGGGUGGAUCGGAUGUUGAGAAAGCGGUCUUGUAUAGAUUACUUGCGGAUGCCAGUGCCGAAGUGCCAGAGGUGGUAGCCAUGGCAUAUGACAUCCUAAUACCAAGAAUCAUUACAACCUUAACUACCACGUCCAACUUAUCAAUCUUAAACUCAACUUCGAUAAUACUCGAACGAGCCUUAUCCGAUCCUAGUUAUUCAUUACCUUCUUUAUCUGGAUUACCUACUGCCGACAGUUCGACGUCAUUACAUCAUCAACAUCAUGGACAUGGUAAGAUCUACGCUAGUAGUAUCUCAUCGAGUCCCAGUUUGACGACCAAUAACGGAGCUAGAGAACAGGUGUUAGAGGAUGUGGGAAUGAGGGGGUUGAACGAUUUGAAUUUCGUACAGGUCAAAUCUGAUAGAUUGUCGAUGAUGGCCAAGUGGGUAGCUGGACUCAUUGAGGGAUUUACCAUUUGA